UCCCCUCCUGUGACAGGGGAGAUGAAUGUUAGAGAAACAAAAGUCCAGAAUGCUAAGGCUGCCACUCUCACUUCCUUUUGACCCUUGCCCGGCACUGUUUUGAAUACAGUAAUUGCUACGGGGCACAGAGUUGGGGAGAGAAGACACAGGUGCCUCCGAGACUGCCCGUCAGGUAGUUACAGCGUGGAGAGCGCGUCAUGCUUUCACAGGGCCACUGCUGGGCACUGAGAAUGCCGGGAUGAUGUCUCCCUGGCGCCUGGCUGGGACGCUGAUACCAGCCAUGGCCUUCCUCUCCUGCCUGCGGCCCGAGAGCUGGGAUCCCUGCGUGGAGGUGGUUCCUAACAUCACUUACCAGUGCAUGGAGAUGAAUCUCUACAAAAUACCCAAUAAUAUCCCCUCAUCAGCCAAGAACCUGGACCUGAGUUUUAACCCCCUGAGGCAUUUAGGCAACCAUAGCUUCUCCAAGUUCCCAAACCUGCAAGUGCUGGAUUUAUCCAGGUGUGAAAUUCAGAUGAUUGAAGAUGAUGCAUAUCAGGGCCUACACCACCUGUCCACCUUGAUAUUGACAGGGAACCCUAUCAAGAGAAUCGCCCUGGGAGCCUUUUUGGGACUGUCAAGUUUACAGAAGCUGGUGGCUGUAGAGACAAACCUGGCUUCUCUAGAGGACUUCCCCAUCAGACAUCUUAAAACUUUAAAAGAGCUUAAUGUGGCUCAUAAUGUUAUUCAUUCCUUCAAGUUGCCUGAAUAUUUUUCUAACCUUCCCAACCUGGAGCAAUUGGACCUUUCUAACAACCAGAUCCGGAAUAUUUAUCAUGAAGAUUUGCAGAUUCUGCAACAAAUGCCCCUACCCCAACUCUCUCUAGACCUAUCCCUGAACCCUAUAGAACUUAUACAACCAGGUGCCUUCAAGGAGAUUAGGCUCCAUCAACUGACUUUAAGAAAUAAUUUUAAUAGUACGGAUGUAAUGAAAACAUCUAUUCGAGGCCUGGCUGGUUUAAAAAUCCAUCGGCUGAUUAUGGGAGAAUUUAGAAAUGAGAGGAACAUGGGCGAGUUUGACAACUCUGUGCUGGAGGGACUGUGUAAUUUGACCAUUGAAGAAUUUCAGAUAGUAUACUUGGAUGAAGUCUUGACAGAUGUUGCUGGCUUAUUUAGUUGCUUGGCAAAUAUUUCUGCAGUUUCUCUGGUGAGUGUGCAAAUCAGCAGUUUAGUAGGCCUUCCUAAAGAUUUCAAGUGGCAAGACUUAGAAUUAGUUAACUGUAGAUUUUAUCAAUUUCCCACACUGGAACUCUUCUCUCUCAAAAGGUUUAUUUUCAAUGCUAACAGAGGUAGUAACAAUUUUGUAGAGGUUAAGCUGCCAAGCCUUGAGUUUCUAGAUCUCAGUAGAAAUGGCUUGAGUUUCAAGGGUUGCUGUUCUCACAGAGAUGUGGGGACAUCCAGACUAAAAUAUUUAGAUCUGAGCUACAAUGAUGUUAUUACCAUGAGUUCAAACUUUCCAGGUUUGGAACGAUUGGAGCAUCUGGAUUUCCAGCAUUCCACAUUGAAAAGUAUCAGUGAAUUUCCAGUAUUCAUAUUACUUAAUAAACUCCUAUACCUUGACAUUUCUUAUACUAGCACUCAAGUUGUCUUCCACGGCAUCUUUAAUGGCUUGAUCAGCCUCCAAGUCUUGAAAAUGGCUGGCAAUUCUUUCCAGCGCAACGUCUUUCCAAAUAUCCUAACAACACUGACUAACUUGACCUACGUCGACCUCUCUAUGUGUCAACUACAACAGGUGUCCUGGGGAGCAUUUGACUCACUCCUUAAACUUCAGGUACUAAAUAUAAGUCACAACAAGCUCCUGACAUUGGAUAUGCUUCAUUAUAAACAUCUCCACUCUCUCCAGAUCCUGGAUGUCAGUUUCAAUGGUAUAGAGGCCUCUGAGAGCCAAGAACUACCUCAGUUUCCAAGUAGUCUAGCCCUCUUAAAUCUUACCCAGAAUAAUUUCGCUUGUACUUGUGAAUAUCAGAGUUUCCUUCAGUGGGUCAAGGACCAAAGGCAGUUUUUGGUGGAAGCUGAACAAAUGGUAUGUGCAACACCUGAACGUAUGAGGGGCACGCCUGUGCUGAGUUUUAGUAACACUACCUGUCAGAUGAGCAAGACCAUCAUUAGCGCCUCAGUUCUGAGUGUUCUUGUGGUAGCUCUGGUAAUAGUUCUGUUCUAUAAGUUCUAUUUCCACCUGAUGCUUCUUGCGGGCUGCAAAAAGUACAGUGGAGGAGAAAACACCUAUGAUGCUUUUGUUAUCUACUCUAGUCAGGAUGAGGACUGGGUGAGGAAUGAGCUGGUAAAGAACCUGGAAGAGGGAGUACCUCCCUUUCAUCUCUGCCUUCACUAUAGAGACUUUAUCCCCGGUGUGGCCAUCGCUGCCAACAUCAUCCAGGAAGGUUUCCACAAAAGCCGGAAGGUUAUUGUCGUGGUGUCUCAGCACUUCAUCCAGAGUCGCUGGUGUAUCUUUGAGUAUGAGAUUGCCCAGACGUGGCAGUUUUUGAGCAGUCGUUCUGGCAUCAUCUUCAUCGUCCUGCAGAAGAUAGAAAAGUCCCUGCUCCGGCAGCAGGUGGAGCUGUAUCGCCUUCUCAGCAGGAACACCUACCUGGAGUGGGAGGACAGUGUCCUGGGGCGGCACAUCUUCUGGAGACGUCUCAGAAAAGCCCUGCUGGAUGGCAAAUCAUGGAAUCCAGAAGAAACUGCAGAUGCAGAGAACAGCCAACCUGAAGCAACAACUUCCACCUGAGAAGAAACUCCUGGGGUACUUUCUUGCCCAAUGGGGCCCAACACUUAUUCAGUUAACAAGUAUUUAUUAAAACACUGCAACGUACCAGGCAUUGUGCUAACAGUAGGUGAUUUGGUGGUGCAGAAGAUACACAGACUUUAAUCCCACAGAACUUACAAUGCAAGGGAAUAAAUACUGUGCUGAAAUAUAGAACUAUCCAGAGAGGUGUUUUCACCAACUCAGCCAAGGAAUCUAUGGGAGGGAAAGUCAAUUCAAUUGUUACUCCAUCAAAUCAAAUUAGAACUAAGAGAGUGUGUCUCAGUGAGACAAGAAAGGGACAUUGUUUUCCUCCUGAGCCUUUUGAUUGAAAAUCACCUCAUGCAUUAAGUUUUAGCCACCUUAAAACCGUUCUGGUAGUUUCAACUGAACUGGGUGUUUGUUCGCUUUUCAUUUGUUGAAUGCAAUUUACAUUCUAUUUGUUGAUACAGAAACCCCUGACUUGGGAUCUCCCUUCCACCUUAAGGACUAACUAAUUCUUAAGGAAACCUUACAAAUGCAUACUCAAACAUACAAACAUCCUGGUCAUUCUUUAGCAUGUUCUAUUUACUAAACAAUAAUCCCUGAUAGAUGUAUGUCUUUAUAAAUAGCAUGUUCUAUUUACUAAACAAUAAUCCCUGAUAGAUAUAUGUCUUUAUAAAUCUUGUUUUCAUUUUUUAUGUCAUCUCUAUAAACCCACAUCAUAAAGCAGGCUAGACACAUGCUGGAAAUAUCCAUAUUUAGUCACUCUUUUUCAAGCAAGUAUAUAAACUACACUGUCACUUUAUGUCACUUAAUGUCACUCAAAAGUUUUCACCUCCUAAGCUUUGGCUGCCAUGGAAGCAGCAUUAAAAUAAUUUGGAUGAAAGUGGCAUGUUUUUAAAUAGGGGGAGAGAAGUCUAACUUCAUGGUUUCAUAAGGAGCAGCUCUGAUUUGAGGCACAGGGAGGGAGGAGGUGACAUUAGGAAGUUACCUUUUCUUGAUGAUCCCAGAGCCGUAUGGGCUAAUGUAGCUGAAUGACCACAUGAGAUGAGUUGAGCAAAGGUUUCUUCUCAGAAUUAGUGUUUGAGGGAAAGUUUAAUCCCUUCAGGGAGACACAUAGGACUGAGCUCCCUCCUCCACCAUCUCCCACUGCCAGGAGAGCUGCUUGUGAAAUGGUUCAGGUAGGGCGUGCGUGUCACUGCUUCCUGUUGGCCAUCACUCCUUGACCACAAAGUUGUUAGCUUUGAGGAAAUGAGGUAGCUGGGGUUCAUUGCGGUCAUAGUCAAGGGGAGUUCUCAGAAAAGCACACACAUCUAGCUUCUCAAUGCAUUUAUUACCUGUGUGACUUUGGGUUUGAGUUAGUUUCAGAGUAUGCUUGAGAAUGUGUGUUUGGUAAUGGCCAUGCUCUGCGUGAGUGUACUGAUGCUCAUAUUUGAGCAUGUGUGCUGCAAAUCUGUUUUAGUUCAAGCAGAUACACAAGAUUCCAAGGGGGAAAAUAAGAAUACAGCUGUGUGUUUCCUUUAUACAAGGUUGCCCCUGGCCACCUUCCUACCAAUCCCCCUUUUCAGAUGGAGAAUUCUGAAAAUUGCUGGUGAGGUGGACAAGAACGAAAGAAAUUAUAUGGACCGAAACAGGAGGGGAAGAAGGAAACUAGUCAGGGCUAUGAUGAUCUCCUUGGAAAUGUUUGAAGCCUCUGGAUUAAGGAGAGACAAAGGGUGAAGUGGAGACAAACUAAUACAAAUUAAAAUGCCUUAAAUUUUUAUAAUACCCACACAAUUAAAGCCACAUUUGAAUUUCCCAUUAACCAAGUGAGGUAGGCAGGUCAAGAAUUACUAUCCUCAUUUUACUGAUGUGAAACCUGAAAUCCAAUGAAGUAAAUUUACUGUCAUUAGGCCACAGAGAGAUUGAGUGGCAGGGCCUGAGCCUGGGCCUCUGGCCCACUUGGGGCAUUUACUUUCCACUACACUUCAUUGCUUCUUGCUUAAAGUUGGCAAAACGAGAAGUGAAAUCCUUGCAGUUCUCUGCAUGGUUGACACUAGUCAAGGGUUUCUCACUGAAAUCAUGAAUAAUCAGGCAAAUACAUAUGCAUAGAUAUAUUAUAUGUACUGAAUAAUUUAUUUAUUCCAUAAGAACUUGAGAGUGCUUCAAUAAAAUAUACAUGCACAAUAGGGUUAAUGAGUUAGAAGUAGAAAAUCUGGACAAAGAACGAAAAUGGGAAAGAAAGAUACUAAGAGUAAGCUUUAGCACCGUUUUUCUAGUCCCAAACUCCUAGAGACUCCUUGGUGUUUUGGACAGUGUGGAUUCUGGAGAAAGUAAAAAAGAUUAACCAUUUUCAAGCUGGGUGCCUUGGGCUCUCCCCCUCUGAGAGUCUAGUUAACUCAAAUGUAAAACUCGGGUAAGAAUAUUUCUUUGUAAGGUUGUUUUAAGGGUUGAACAUAGUGUAUGUUCCAUGAGAGGGGCAGAGUGUUCUUAUGGGGGAGUGCCCUCUGGGACUUUAUAAAGAGGGCAUAGGGAGAAGAACUGGGGAUCUCCUGGACUACUGUGUUUUGGCACUUGCUAUGUUUUCCCAGCCUGUGGUGCAAUAGGGGUGACUAUAGCUCAAGUGGGGCAGUUUCUGUUUGACUCACCCUCCACCCACAGGAUUGUGAGAUUUUCAGCUUCCUUCUGGCCUCUGUAACACUUCUAGAAACUGCAAGUAGGUUUCUGGGGGGUUCUGUGUGCAGUUACAGGAGUCCUCCUUAGAUUGGCUGUGAGAUUGGAGAGGGCAUAGGACACGUCCCUCUGCCCUCCUGCUUCCCCAGCCUGAGCACCAUGCCCAGCACAAGGAAGACAGCUGUUUAUUUGAAGAACUGAUGAAUAAGCAAAGCUCCAACUCUAUAGGUGAUGUGCCUCCAAGGAAAGGUCCCCAGGUCCCACAGCAUGGUUCAGGAGGCCCCAUGCAGCCUCUGGCACUCCGGAUUUUCAUGGCUAUCUCCUGUUCCUGUCACUGCCUACAUGGACGCUCUCAGCCACUCUCUCCUCUUAUUCCUGAGCCCCAAGUGUUCCAUAAGUGACUUUGCUGAGGGCAGGUAAGGACUGCCCUUAUGAUAGCUACCUUUUGUGGCUAGAUCCUAUUCUAAGGCUUUAUCUCAUAGAUCUUCCUUAAAUUCUCACACCAUGUUUAUGAGAUGGGUACUAGUAAUAUCAGAAAUAGCACAGAUUUGGAAACUGAGGCUCUGAGAUUUUAAAGAACCUUUCCAAAGUCACACAUGUAAUAAAUGCAGAGCUUGGAUUUAAACAUGACUUCCCUGACACUGAAAGCUCAUUGCUCUUAAACCCUAUGCUUGAUGGUUUUCCUAAUGCCUUCCUCCCAUUUCUUAUAGAAAGUUGAAUGCUACUGCUCUUUAUUUUUGCUUUAUCUUUAGUAUGGUCAGGGCUCAAAACUAGAAGCCAGAUAUAAGAGUUGAACCACAGGAUGUUCAUUAAGUGGAAGGAGGAGCUGUGUUAGAGACCUCAUUCCUCUGAUAGUGAUGGGCAAAGCCUAUCCCAUUUUAACUCUCUUUCCCAAGGUGGUAAAUUCUUUUCCAAGGGGCUCCUGGACCUCUCACACAAAUAGGCCCACAGUGGGUCCAUCCAAUGGCCUCCCCAACAGACCCACAUGUCUCUGUAUUUAUAGGAAUUGCCCAGCAUCCCUCACUUGGGGAUCCCUACUGCCACAUGGACUUAAAUAAGGCUGUUUGUUGCAAUGACUUCAUUAAAUGUCAAUAAUAUGUCAUUGGAAAUCAACUCCAUGAGGAGGUUAAGCUGAUGUAGUCUGAGUACAUAGACUUCAGUGAUGUCCAUUGACACGGGAUUUAAGUUGCACUGUCAUGAGAAGAAGCAGGACAGCAUGUCCCUUGUAUUGAAUUUCCCACUGGAUCCAUUAUUCUCCAUCAUUUAGCUUGGCUAAAUGAGAAGAACCAAAUAACUGAGAGUUUGAAACUCAGGGUGUCAGCCUAGUACCUAGAAUGCUAAUAAACUAUUUCGCUGAUUGAAGAAAAAUACAGACGCUUUGAAAAUCA